GGCGCAGGGAAAGCAGGAAAUGUGGAGGGCGAGGGACACGGCCGGGAAGACGAACACAAACAGUCCUUGCUCCCCUUUGGUGGAAACUUCCCUGGCCGCGACAGAGCGGGAGGGGGCGGCGGAGCGACGGUUCCCCUCGCGGCGGCAGAGAGUAGCGCGCGCGAGGCUCCGGGCGCGCGGCGAGCGCGGCGGCCACCGCCUCCUCCCCUCCCCGCCUCCGCCGGCGCUGCCUCCUCCCUCCGCCCGGCUUGGCCUCCCUCGCUCCCUCCCCUCGUGGCAGGCGGCGGCGGCGGGCGAGGAGGGCGUGCGCCGGACGAGAGGUGUCGGCGGUGAGAGAAGGGAAGUUUCAAGUGGAAGGUCGUCCGCCGGCCGGCGCGUCCUCCCUCUCCCCUCUGGCAGCAUCAUGGCGGAGCCGAGUGGCUCUCCCGUGCACGUCCAGCAGCCCCAGCAGGCGGCCCCGGUGACAGCGGCGGCGGUGGCAGCCCCGGCAGCAGCGACAGCAGCGCCGGCUCCGGCGGCGCCCGCAGCCGCGGCCCCAGCGGUGCAGGCCGUCGGCUGGCCCAUCUGCAGGGACGCGUACGAGCUGCAGGAGGUUAUCGGCAGUGGAGCUACUGCUGUGGUUCAGGCUGCACUGUGCAAACCCAGGCAAGAACGUGUAGCAAUAAAGCGGAUCAACCUGGAAAAAUGCCAGACCAGCAUGGAUGAACUAUUGAAAGAAAUUCAAGCCAUGAGUCAGUGCAGCCACCCCAACGUAGUGACCUAUUACACCUCUUUUGUGGUAAAAGAUGAACUUUGGCUGGUUAUGAAAUUACUGAGUGGAGGUUCAAUGUUGGAUAUCAUAAAAUACAUUGUCAACCGAGGAGAACACAAGAACGGAGUUCUGGAAGAGGCAAUAAUAGCAACAAUUCUUAAAGAGGUUUUGGAAGGCUUAGACUACCUACACAGAAACGGUCAGAUCCACAGAGAUUUGAAAGCCGGUAAUAUUCUUCUGGGUGAGGAUGGGUCGGUACAAAUAGCAGAUUUUGGGGUAAGUGCAUUCUUAGCAACAGGGGGUGAUGUCACCCGGAAUAAAGUAAGAAAAACUUUUGUUGGCACCCCGUGUUGGAUGGCCCCUGAAGUCAUGGAACAGGUGAGAGGCUAUGACUUCAAGGCUGACAUGUGGAGUUUUGGAAUAACUGCCAUUGAAUUAGCAACAGGAGCAGCGCCUUAUCACAAAUAUCCUCCCAUGAAAGUGUUAAUGUUGACUUUGCAAAAUGAUCCGCCCACUUUAGAAACAGGAGUAGAGGAUAAGGAAAUGAUGAAAAAGUAUGGCAAGUCCUUUAGAAAAUUACUUUCACUGUGUCUUCAGAAAGAUCCUUCCAAAAGGCCCACAGCAGCAGAACUUUUAAAAUGCAAAUUCUUCCAGAAAGCCAAGAACAGAGAAUACCUGAUUGAGAAGCUGCUUACAAGAACACCAGACAUAGCCCAAAGAGCCAAAAAGGUAAGAAGAGUUCCUGGGUCAAGUGGUCACCUUCAUAAAACCGAAGACGGUGACUGGGAGUGGAGUGAUGACGAGAUGGAUGAAAAAAGUGAAGAAGGGAAAGCAGCUUUCUCUCAAGAAAAGUCACGAAGAGUAAAAGAAGAAAAUCCAGAGAUUGCAGUGAAUGCCAGCAGUAUGCCUGAACAAAUACAGUCCCUUUCUGUGCAGGACUCUCAGGGCCAUCCCAAUGCUAGUGAAGACCAUAGAGAAGCUUCUUGUGCUGUGAACCUCGUUUUAAGAUUAAGAAACUCCAGAAAGGAACUUAAUGACAUACGAUUUGAGUUUACUCCAGGAAGAGAUACGGCAGAUGGCGUUUCUCAGGAGCUCUUCUCUGCUGGCUUGGUUGAUGGUCAUGAUGUAGUUAUAGUGGCUGCUAAUUUACAGAAGAUUGUAGAUGAUCCCAAAACAUUAAAAACAUUGACCUUUAAGUUGGCUUCUGGCUGUGAUGGGUCGGAGAUUCCCGACGAAGUGAAGCUGAUCGGCUUUGCUCAGAAUGAAAAUGUUCAAAGAUUGACUGGAGUGAUCAAUGCACAACCAAGAAGAACUGACUGUACACUUUGAAGGACUGUAUGUUAUGUGAAUAUAUUUCAAUAAUUUUGCAUUAAAAUAUAGUCAGCAUUACUAAAAAUAUUAACCACAGAGUGCCUGCCAUAUUUCAAAUACUUUUCCUAUGUUUUAUAUUUAUUAAUAUUAUUAUAACUAUGCAAGUAGGUAUACCUGUGUCUACUUUACAGUAAAGGAAACGAAGUUCAGAGAAGUUAAUUAACUUAUCCAAGGUCACACAGUAAAUGGCCGUACUAGAAUUUGAACUUUCAUGUGUCUACCCGCAAUACCACAUUUCCUCCCAGUUAAAUCUGCAUUUUCCCUGUACUUAUUUAAUAUUACUUGAUUGCCUUUUAUCCAGUAAUAGACUAGAGGCUUCUUACAGGUUCUUUCACAUGAAGCUUCGUAGUGUUAAUGAUCUGGUCUAGACCCUUACUCAGCAUGUAUUGGAAAAUCCAAUAAUAGAACUGGCAAAAAAGUACGUUGGGAGAAAUAUGUUAUUGAAAACCAGUGAUUGCAGUAAGACCAGCAAGGAAUCCAGAUUACAAAAAUUACAAAUCAUAGUUGCAGGCAGAUCAAGAAAAGGACAGUUUUGCUGGGCAGUAGCAUUUUCAGCUGUUCCUCUGUGUUGGCAGCCUUUCAAAGCCACAACAACUAUUAAAUGCAUUAGUAUACAAAAGAGUGUGAUAGCACCACAGUCAGCUGUGCAAAACAGAAUUUAGCAGUGAUUGACAGAUUAAUACAGUUUAAGUAGCAAACUGCUGAAAAGAUCAGCCAGAAAUUGUGAAACAUAGGCAAGGAUACUUUAUGUGGGUUAAACAGAGAAAAGGGUUGACUUCUCAAUCAGUAAAGUCACCUUGGGGAUCAGUCAUGCAUUUCUUGAACUUCUCUCUUCAAUACCAGAAUGAUGUAGAAUAUGGUUAAGUUCUUGUUAAAGUAUCACCUGAACAAUGGUCCCUAUAAGGCCGUCACCUUUUUGUCCCUCGAUUUAUGUAGCUCUUUGCCUUCCAUCAGAAAGAUGAGGGACUUGUUUUCAAACAACAUUAGGGUGCUGGGCACCAUGUGGUCGGGCUGUGGACAUUCAGGAAGUAGUUUGGUGGUGCUCCUUUAAGAAGAGUAUCAUUACUGUCUAUGCCCCAUUUGUGCACAAAGACUUGGAAUGACUGGUCCAAGAAUGACAAAUGCUGCCCAUGGCAGUUGUUAUCCUUAUCAAGUCUCAGAGUACUUCUCAACACAGCCAUCCAGACAAUCCUGACCAGUCAGAGCUGGCACUUGUGAAGAGAGGUAAGCCAUGAAGACAAGUACCUCAUGUCUACUUCAUUCACAACCACAUACAUAGGACUUAGUACAGUACCUAGCUGAGAGUAAUUAUGCAGUAAUUGUGGAAUGAAUGAAUGUCAUCCCUGAUGUAUACCAGUUCACUCAAAUUCAUAGACUCACUGAAUAUAUAUAUUUUUAACCACAUGGUUUCAGAGGUCAUCUGGUCUAAUGUCCUGGUAGUCAUCCUUUGAACCCACAUAUCCCAAUUUCCAGCCUUGUGUUCCUUAUACUCUGCACAGAAAGAAAGUCCAAACUACUUACUGUUAAGGAGAAAGAUCAUGAAAAUAUGAAACCGUAUUUUUCCGAGUGGGGCUGAAACAUUAAGUCAUAGAGUAAAUAUAUUAUGUGUAGGAUGAGCCCCAAAAUGCUGUCCUCAGAGAGACUGGUCUGGAAUAAACACAUGGAUACAAAAGCAGAUAUUUGAUAUAUAAACUUCAUUUCACUAAACUACCUUGAAGUCCUCAGCUGCAGAGAUACGAUUAUUUUUCAACUGUGACUAGCCGGGUAACUCUCUCUAAGCCUGUGUCCUGUGUUGAGGGCUGUGGAGGCUCUGUAUUCAUUCCUCGACCUUGAAUUUGCAACUGGUGUCUAUGUGAUGGCCAUAUUUGUAAAAUCAACCUCAAAGAAGCAUUUUGGCCAUGGUCCAUACAAAAGGUGGAAGGGGAGCCAUGCACCCAACUAUGAUGACAGUUAUGGGUUGAGUUGUGUCCCCCAAAAAGAUAUGCGCAAGCCCUAACACCUAUCUUGUGAGUGUUACCUUAUUUGGAAAUAGGGUCUCUGAAGAUGUGAUUAGUUAAGAUGACGUCACACUGGUGUUCUUAUAAGAAAAGGGAGAUGUGGAUACACAGACCCAGUGAAGAACACCAUGUGACAACAGAGGCAAGGAUUGAAAUGCUGCAGCCAAGGAAUGCCAAGGAUUAUGGGCAAACCACAAGAAGCUAGGAAGAAGCAAAGAAGGAUUCUUUCCUACAUAUUUCAGAGGCAGCAUGGCCCCUGCUGACACCUUGAUUUCAGAAUUUUGGCCUCCAGAUUUGUGAGACAAUAAAUUUCUGUUGUGUGAGAGUGUGCUGGUUUGGAUGUAUU